AUGUCAGAACUUCUUAGUGCUGGAGUUAUUAAAGAAAUGUUUGAGGCCGUCAGUGAGGACGGGCCAAGACCUGAGAAUCCAGUACUUCAGGUAGUGAGAUUUUCCGCAAACCAAAAUAAUCCAAAUGAAUCACUUCAAUCGAGAGUUAGAGUAGCCUUUUCUGACGGACAAGAGCUUGUGUCAGGUAUUCAAUCAAGCAGUAGUUUUUGUAUUCAUGAGUCAAACACUUAUGAUUUUUAUGAUAACACAGGAAUUAUACCAGUUAAUCUUUUAAGAAGCGUGAGCGGUGGCCGGUUAGAAAGAGGUCAGCUCCUUAGGUUGACUCAUUACAGUUGUAAUAUUAGUCAAAGCACUAAAGGGCAACAACCUCAAAAUAACUACGAAGUAGCAAGUAGUGAAUUACAACCAAUCAUCGGUAAUCCAUUUCCUGGCCAAGACACAGUCACCGAACGUUCUAGACCUUUGGCAAAUCCAAAUCCUCAAUCUUUAACGCCACCACAUCAUCAACCUUUGGCACCACCAAAUUCCCAAAUUUCUCAACAGCCUUCCCCAACGUUUCCGAGAUCUGUACCUGGCGUUCAGCAACAAAUGAGACCAUCUACACCUACUUUUAACGGACCUACUUUUAAUGGUGGAAAUGUUAUGAUAUCAAGUUCCAACAAUAUACGACGAUCUUCAACAGGCCUUGCUGAUGAAGGGAUCUUUCCUAUCAAUUUACUUAGCCCGUAUCACAACAAGUGGAAGAUCAAGGUGGUCGUUGGUGCGAAAUCAGACAUAAAACAUUGGCAAAAUCAAAAUGGAUCUGGAAAAUUGUUCAACGUAACUUUAUUGGAUGACAGUGGAGAAAUAAGAGCAACAGCUUUUGGACAACAAGUAGACGCUUUUUACGAUAAAUUGGAGGAAGGAAAAACUUAUCUGAUUUCAAAAGCAAAGGUUAAUGUGGCUAAAAAAAAUUUCUCGGCGGUUAAGAACGAUUAUGAGAUAUAUCUCGAGAGCGGAUCUAUAAUUGAAGAGGUUGCCAAUAAGAAUCCAACUGACCUUAUAAAAUUUGACUUCGUUCGAAUUGAGAAUAUAUCACAAUAUGAAAAAGAUAGUACCGUUGAUGUUGUAGGUAUGGUCAUUAAUGUUGAUGAUAUUCAACAAAUAACGACCAGAACCACACAAAAAAAUAUCAAUAAGCGUGACAUUACCAUUGCCGAUCAAAGUGAAUAUCAAAUCAUAUUGACGUUGUGGGGCCAAGCCGCAGAAAAGUAUGGACCUUCUAUAUUAAACACAGUCAUCGCCUGCAAGAAUGUGCGUGUCGGAGACUUUGCAGGUCGAAACCUUUCGGUAUUUAAUGGUACUUCGUUCCUUGUCGAUGUAGAUAUCAAGGAAGCGAAAGAAUUACGUGACUGGUAUACUUCACGAGAUGAAGGUAGACCUUUCGCCUCCUUAUCCUCGUCAGGUUCUGUAGCAAUAGAUAAAAAUGAACCAAAAAAAACAUUGGCACAAGUUAAGAACGAGAAGCUUGGUCAGAACGAACGGACUGACUAUUUUUCGACAAAAGCUACUAUUCUAUUUAUCAAAAAAGAAAGUGUUUCCUAUCCUGCUUGUCCUACAUGCAAGAAAAAAGUUCUUGAAGAUGGAGAUGAAUGGCGAUGUGAAAAAUGUUCACGAAACUAUCCGGAACCUGAUCAUAGGUAUAUAAUGACGAUUAGUGUCGCGGACUUUUCAGAUUAUGCCUGGCUUCAAUGCUUUAAUGAAAGUGCAAUUGUUAUCAUGGGACGCGAGGCUAAGGAGCUGAUUAAACUAUGUGGAGAAAACGUGGACCUUUACGAAGAAUGCUUUGAUCAAGCGUGCUUAAAAUCCUUUGUGUUUCGAUGCCGUGCUAAGACCGAAAUUUAUAAUGAACAAACUAGAAUUAGGUAUACCGUAGCAGGUAUAGCACCAGUUGAUUAUGCCGCACGGGCUCGGGAGCUAUAUCAGGACAUAGAAAUUAUGAGAAAUAAUUAA